AUGCUGUCCCGAACCCUUCUCGGCGCCUCUGCGCUUGCUACGGCGGUUUUGGCCCAGAACCUCAACCUCCAGGGCGCUGACUCACUUACAUUGCUGGACAACGCCAUUCAACUCGGCUCCCAGUUUGAUGGAACCGAUGCUAUUGGCGCCAGCGACGAACAGGUCCCGUCUCUGACAUCGGUUAACAACUUCAUCAACUUCUGUGCCGGGAAAGAACUUACAAACGGGCUCCAAAUCACGACUGGUUCCUGCAAUGGCAUCCCCCACGGUGAUAUCCCUGCGAAGGAUAAGAUGAUUUCCGCCAUUAUCGUCAACCCUAAGAAUGGCGAUGUCAUUCAAUCGGGUCAGACUUUCAACAUCCAAGUUCAGAUGCUUAACUUUGAGGCGGGCUCGUUCACGAACGCGUUUGCGACCUACUACGCCGUUCCCCAGUUCCUCAACAACCAAGGCGUGAUUGUUGGACAUACCCACGUCACUGUUCAGGACCUAGGAGCGACUCUGAAUCCCACCACCCCGCCAGACCCCACCCAGUUCGCCUUCUUCAAAGGUAUUAACGAUGCUGGUAAUGGACAAGGUCUUCUUGCUGCUACUGUUAACGAUGGGCUCCCCCCGGGUAACUACCGGGUUUGCACUCUUGUCUCGGCCUCCAACCAUCAACCGGUUCUCAUGCCAGUCGCACAGCGCGGGGCUCAGGAUGACUGCACCAAGUUCGUCGUUGUUGGCGAUGAUUUUGACGUCAAUGACGCGGCCAACAACGGCGCAGGUGGCAUUGACGCCGCCGAGCAGGCACAGCAGGCUGUAGAUCUAGGCCCGGGUGCCAUUGACCCCAAUGCCGAUGAUGCCGCUCAGGAUGAUAACCAAGACAACGCUGAUGAUAACAACAACGACAAUAACAAUAACAACAAUAACAACGACAACAACAACAACAACAACAACAACAACAACCAGCAGCAGCAGCAGCAGCAGGGAAACAACAACAACAACAACCAGGGACAGCAGGGAAACAACAACAACAACCAGGGACAGCAGGGAAACAACAACCAGCAACAGCAGCAGCAGCAGGGAAAUAACAACCAGCAGCAGCAGCAGGGAAACAACAACAAUAACCAGCAGCAGCAGGGACAGGGGGACAACCAGCAGCAGCAGGGGAACAAUAACAGCCAGCAGCAGCAGCAGCAGGGACAGGGGAAUAACCAGCAACAGGGCCAAGGAGUGACUGCUGAAGCUUUGAGGGAGCAAGCUGAGCGCUUUGCCCAACAAUCACAAGGAGCACGUGAUGAGAUCGUUGACAUGCCAACUCCUCACCUGGCCCUUCCUACGCCAUCGAAGCCAACAAUGCUUAGCCCAUUUACUCGAGCGGCCCAACGGGUUACCCGCGAACUACAUGGAGUUGUAGUCUCCGCCGGUGUUAUGCAGAAGACUGUCAAGUGGUUUUCCAAUCCUCAACAGUAUUUGGUUCACGAUCCGAACUCCUCCCUCAGAAUGGGCGAUGUCGUUGCUAUCACACCCGGUUGGAGAUCCUCGCGUCAGAAAAGACACGUUGUGAAGCAUAUCAUCGCUCCCGCCGGGUGCCCGAUCGAAGAACGACCCCCGGUUCCUUCUUUAGAGGAUAGAAUCACUGCCUACGAAGAGAAAAGGGCGGCUAAAGCUGAGAGGAGAGCAACGAGGAAAUCUAAUGAGCAGAGCUGA